UGGUCGGAGGAAAAGGAAAGGUUAGGUGUUAAACGCGCUAACGUGCGCCGUGGGUGCAGCUUAAGAAGAAACGAGUGGCUGAGCAUAAAGCAGCUUUACUCAAAUCCGAAGGCUCCCGGAUUUAAGGAUUGGUUAAAUCCCCCAGAACUGUCCAUGGAGAUGAAGAGAUUCUCAGGUCCACGGAAAUAUGUUCAAGCUCCUGCCAAAGAUCUCGUCUGCCAUAACCACAGUUCACUGUAUAGACAAAAGUAA